AUGAUCUCUGCGUUUUCUCAGAAUUCUGAGUUCACAAAAGCAAUUACCACAUUUUGUGGAAUGUGCGACUCCGGUGAAAGCCCAAACCAGUUUGCGUUUUCCAGUGUGAUUCAAGCUUGCUCUUCUCUCAAAUCAGUCCAAAUUGGGACUCAAAUCCAUUGUCUUGCUCUUAAGGCUGGGUUUAGUUAUGAGCUUUUUGUUGGUAGUAAUUUAGCAGACAUGUACUCAAAAUGUGGGUCUAUCAUUGAGGCUUGUAUGGUUUUUGAGGAGAUGCCUUCUAAAGAUGAAGUUUCAUGGAAUUCAAUGAUUAAUGGGUAUGCAAAAAAUGGUUAUAACGAAGAAGCACUGGUUUCUUUUAAGAAGAUGCUGAUUGAAGACGUUACCAUCGAUCAACAUCUUGUUUGUAGUACACUUUGUGCUUGUGGACCUUUAAAAGCAUAUAACAUUGGAAGCUCUCUUCAUUCCUUUGUUACAAAAUUAGGAUUUGAACAACAUAAUUCUGUUGGCAAUGCACUUAUGGACAUGUAUUUUAAACUAGGAGACAUGGAUAGUGGCUCACAGUUGCUCAAAAUCAACUCUAAAGGUACAAAUAUCAUUUCCUAUACUUCUUUGAUUGAUGGCUUAAUCAAAGCUUGUGCUAAUCAUGUUACACUUAAACAAGGGGUCCAACUUCAUGCCCUAGUGUUAAAAUACAAUCUUGAUCAAGACCCUUUUGUUUCUUCCAUCAUUGUUGACAUGUAUGGGAAAUGUGGUUUGCUUGAUCAUUCACUUCAAGCAUUUGACAAAAUCUCUAAACCAAAUGAGUUCACAUGGAAUUCCUUGAUUGGGAAGCUUAAAGAAGCUGAAAAUUUUAUAAAAAGUAUGCCAUUUGAGGCAAACGCGUACACAUGGUGUUCUUUUUUAGCUUCUUGUAGAAAAUGUGGUAAUAAAGAAAGGGGAGAGCUUGCAUCCAAAAGUUUAAAGAUUAUAGACCCUUUAAACAGUGGGGCCCAUGUUUUACUUUCAAACAUAUACGCAAAAGAACAGCAAUGGGAGGAUGUGAAAAGUGUUAGAAAGAUGAUGAAAGAUGAAAAUGUGAAAAAAGUCAAGGGGUGCAGUUGGGUUGAUGUUGAUAAGAGAGUUCAUGUUUUUGGAGUUGAAGAUUUGUGUCAUGGGGAUAAAAAGGAGAUUGAUUUGAAACUUGAUGAGGUUUUGAGGAAGAUAAUUGAAGUUGGAUAUGUUCCUGAUGUUGAUUCUGUUCCAUUUGAUUUGGAUUAUGAUAUGAAGGUGAAGAUUUUGAACCAUCAUAGUGAGAGGAUUGAUAUAGCAUAUGCACUUAUAAGGAUACCAAUUGGGAAACCGAUUAUUGUAAAGGAGAAUAUAAGAGUCUGUGUUGAUUGUCAUUCUGCAAUUAAGUUGAUGUCUAAAGUUGAAGGGGGAGAGAUUAUUGUUAGAGAUAAUAGUCGGUUUCAUCACUUUGUGGAUAGGUUGCAAUGA